UGCCGGAAGUCGUGGGCGGAAGUUGCUGUUGUUGUGGUGUAGCUAGAGAUGGCGGCUGAGGUGACACGCAGCGCUGAGCUCGGAGAUGAUAAGGUUUCCUCUGAGGAAGAAUCAUCCUCUGUGACUCAAGAGGACUCGUCAGCUCAGAAAAGAGUAGAAAGAUUAAGAAAGUUCAGAGAGCUUCAUUUGAAAAGGAACGAAGCUCGCAAGCUAAAUCACCAGGAGGUUGUAGAAGAAGAUAAAAGACAGAAACUGCCUAGUAACCAUGAGGCUAGAAAAGCUAGAUUAGAGUGGGAGCUGAAGGAGGAAGAAAAGAAAAGGGAAUGUGCUGAAAAAGGGGUUGAUUAUCAUAGAGCAAAGUUACUGGAAAUUAGUGCUGAAGAUGCAGAGAGAUGGGAGAGGAAGAAGAAACGAAAGAACCCAGACAAUGGAUUUUCAGAUUAUGCUGCAGCACAGUUGCGCCAAUACCAGAGGCUGACCAAACAAAUUAAACCAAACUUGGAGGAAUAUGAAAAGGAAAAAGAGAAGCAUGGUGAGGAAUUUUACCCUACAUCAGACAGCCUGUACCAUGGGACACACGUUCCUUCUCAAGAAGGGGUUGAGAGAAUGGUUACAGAUCUCGAAAAACAGAUUGAAAAGCGUGAAAAAUACAGCCGGAGGAGAGCCUACAAUGAUGAUGCCGACAUUGACUAUAUCAAUGAGAGGAACGCGAAAUUCAACAAGAAAGCAGAAAGGUUUUAUGGAAAAUAUACAGCGGAGAUCAAACAGAAUUUGGAGAGAGGCACUGCUGUGUAGAUUUGGAUACGUAUGCUGAAACCAUAACAUUGAACUUCUUAAUUCAUUUUGGUCUACUAUUGGAAACAGAACAUUAAAAAAAAAAUCUGCCAAUUUUGAACCCCAGCAAUUUUAAGUGGAAUUGUACUAAUGUUUUGGGUGGAUGUUCUUCUGUUGUGCAGCAUUUUAAGAUAAAAAAAAACAUCACAAUUCUUGUAUUUAUUGUAUCAUAUCGUGCUUUUUAGUUUGUGGUUUGUCUAUAAUCAGUUGUGGAAAUAUGUCAUAUAUUUUGCUUCCUUUGUCAUAGAAGAACUCAUGGAUUUCACCCUCCCCUACACCUAAACCAUUUUAUCAACUGCUAGAGAGCAAUUGGUUAUCCGAGAUUAAUGUGUAGAUUUAUUUCAGGGGUAGUCAUACGUUGGAUUAAAACUCUGCCAAAUGUAGACACAGUCUUUGUGUUGCAGUGGGCUAGUAAUCUGCAAAGUUUCCUACAGAAAAUAAAUUACAUUUAAUGUUUGUAUUUGUUGCAGCUUAAGCUGUCAAACUGUAUAGCCUAAAUUAUAUUCUCUGUAAAGUGAUCUUUUAUUAAUUUUUGUAUGACAGAGGCAUUUUAUGGCAUUAAGUUUUAUCACAUACUCUAGUGAAUUCUUUAGUUACUUUUUAUUUUUUUUUGUUAUUGCACUCCUAGAAAAUGCUUCCUAAGUAUGAAAAAGUGGUUUCAACACUCAAGUUGUGCACAUAUAAAGACCAAAGUCAAAAUAAUAAAAAUUUCUAUACAUUU